AUGGCUCCGAUUUCUGCAGAUGGAGAUAUCCGUGACCUGGCAUAUCCUGGUGGAAUCUUCCUCGAGGGCUAUCGUCGCUGGUGGUGGAAUGAGCUGGUGCUGUCCGUCAAGCUCCCCAAUACUGAGGUCGAAGAUUAUGUCGGUGGCCUCCGCAGUCACCCUUGGGAUGACGAGUACUAUUACGGUAACGGGGCUCUGUCUGCCGAUUUCCCCAGCAUCGACAUACCUGUCCUGACGGCAGUGAGCAUGACCAACACGAUUCACCCUCGUUCCGGAUUCAAAGCAUUUUCGACUCUAUCCUCACGAGUCAAAAGGCUCAUGGUCAUGGAUGCCGUAUACUCUGGAAAUAUGUACAAAGACUUCCAGCCUGACCUGGAGGCUUUCUUUGACCAGUACCUCAAGGGGGAGAAACUUGUAGAGGAGCCGCCAAUUGUGCGUAUGGUGCUUCGAACUGGGGAUGGAGGAUGGCAGUGGCGAACUGCAUCGACCUGGCCAGUCCCCAAAACUGAAUAUCGCGAGCUGUUCCUGGGGCCAGAAGCUGAAUAUUCGGCUGAUGUAGAAGAUGGAAACAAUGCAAUGCCCAUGGCAGUUUUCGAGUCAGCUCCGUUGGAGGAAGACCUCGAAUUGGUGGGGCACUUUCGGGCAACGCUGUGGGUAUCGUCCACGACGUCUGACGCUGACGUCUUUGUUGCUCUCCGUGUUAUUGAUGGCGGGCGAGAGGUUCCGUAUCGCACGUACGAGACAGGGUCAACCGCCCCUUUGACCUGGGGAUGCCUCAAAGUCUCCCGUCGAGCGACCAAUCCUCAGCGCAGUACGGUAGAGCGCCCCUGGCACACUCAUCAACGCGAGGAUGCUCAGCCCCUCGUCCCAGGAGAAGUGGUCAAGAUUGAUGUCGAGAUCAUGCCGGCUACUGGACGUGUUCUAAAAGGUCAUCAGCUGCGCGUCGAAAUCUCGCCAGUGGAGGGCCCUGGAUGCCUACCGGGAUGGGAGCGCGAGUACCAUGCAUCAUACCAUGCCGGGGCCACGAACCGCAUCUUAGCUGGAGCCUCAUUUCCUAGCUCCAUUACAAUUCCCGUUGUGCCUCGCGAUGACUUAUAG